GACAUCAAUCCGACAAGUUCCUCUGAAGCUGUGUUAUUACCAUCAACAUCGUUGUCGUCAACAUUAUUACCGUCACCGUUACGUUCAUCGUCACUACCUGAAUUGACGCCCUCGUGGACGUUUGUCUUUCACUCUUUUCAUUCUGCAUUUACAUCAGGUAUGAUUCGCGCGAUAGGCUUUGAUACAUAGCAACAGCUUUCCCUUUGUUCUGAUAACAUACUUAUUUAUAAAGCGCUAGUUUCAUGGUGGAUAGUAUAGUAGUAAAUACAUUCGAAAAAUUAUGUUAUCUGUUCAAAAAAUACACACUAGACAUCGUUUAUUGUAGUUGAAAUUCUAAGUCAUCUCUUUUUGGGUGACCGAAAUUAUCACUGCUGAAGAAGAACGAUUUGAAGACAUUGCAAGUAAAAUUUUUUAAAUGAUUGUUAUGUGAAGGAUAACUUAUUAAUAAGUGAAAGAAGGCUUGUCUUUAAGGAAAGUUCUACGUCUCCGUUGGCCAAAGAAACUGAAGCCCAAGUAUUCUUUUUAUUUCAAUCUUCUAAUUAAACAUUUUUCCAAGGGACACUAUUUGAAAUCCUAAAACUACUUAUUGAUUCUCGACUCUCGCGCAAAUCAGGUCCGGUUGGAACAAUAUGCUUCAGUCUGUACCACUGUAUUGCUAAUUAAUGAUUCUUGACGCUGAGCGAUACUAUGCUCCCAAAUAGCAUUUUAAAAACUCAAUUCAUGGGAGAAUAGGACUUAAAAAGGCUUAUUGUUCAAGGUUCCUGUUCUUAUCUAGGUCCCGUAAAUCUAACAAAUUAUUUGGAGACUUUGAGAACGACGCCACCAAAAGUAACAAGUCACACGCCAUAUUCGUCAGUCAUUUGGCCCACAUCAUCAUUUGUUGCUGUUACAUCGUCAGGUAAUUUUCUUUUUGUUUCUUAAAAAUAACUGAAUAGACCAGUUAACCUAUAAAUAGUCAUAUUUUUAUCUUUUUUGUGUUUUAUCAAGGCAAUGAUUUGUCAAGUGAUGUUUUUGCUUUAACAAUAGGUCAGAGCCUAAAUGGGGUAUUUUCUAAUAACAAAAAGUCUUUAAUAGGCGAAUUUUUGUUCUCCUUCCUAUUCCUGUGGCUGCCCACACCUUUCAUAGCCUCUGGAAUGCACAUCGUGCCUUCUGCAGUCUGUCCCUAAUAUCUUUACUGCCUCCACCUUCCCUGUCUACAGCAGGGACGUUAAGAUACCAGGACGGGAAGCUAGGACGGCGAUGGCACUGGAAGAGUAAGACUGGGACGAGUCCCGUCGUGCCCGCCAAAAACAAAAUACUUAAGCGGGUGGCAUUUUCGUAUAGGACGGCGACGCCGAUAUUUUUCGCUUUAUAAUAGCAAUGACAUCCGUUAAAGACGCUAGGAAUCUUCUCUUGGAAAGCUAUAACGAUGGUAGGAUAGAUAAUGAUGAAUUUAUUUUGUUGUAUGAAGGAAACUUCUCGAAAAUCUUAAUUCUUCUAGUGCCAUUUCAACCUCUGUCAUAUCAGUUUCGAUUCCACUUUCUUUUUCUUCUCUUUUCAGUUUGUUUCUAAGUUCCUUUGAAAGGGGGUUGUAACGAUCUCGGAGCGCCCGCUUGUCAACUUUAACGUACACUUGCUGAAUUUUGUUCAAGUUUUCGGCGACCUCUUCCCACUCAGUUCCUCUUUCCACUGUACCCUUUUUCGUCCUAAUAAAGGGAUCUACAACCAACAUUUCUCUGCAUAACAUCUCGUCGUGUACAGUAUUCCAAACCAUUGGCUUCCUGAAGAUUAUAAUCAAAUAAAUUCUUGAAUAAAACGGAAAAUAUGAAUCCGAACUGAAAUGUUUAAUUACAGUACAACUCAGCAAGAGGUAAACAACAAUUAUCGAGUUAUCUAAAUUUUAUUUAACAUCAAUUUAUUCUUCUGUUUUCUUUUCUCUAAUCGAUUUAACACUUGAUUACUAUAAGAAUUCUUCAACCUAUAAUAUUUACACUGAUUUACUUUUCUUCGCAGUCGUUAACGUUUGCGCGGGGGCAUCCACAGUGGCGAAUACACAAUAAAUACAUUUAUAAAUAAUUUUUCCUAUUUGAAGUCGUUUACAAUAAAAACACGAAAAAUAUGAUGUUUAUAAACAACACCAUCAGUAUAUCUGAAAAUGGAAUCAACUACAACGUUUUUCGAGUCAAACACGAUACAAAAUACUCACGUUCUUGCCACGACGGCGAAACUCACUAAAUGGCGUCCUCGAUGAGACCACGACGGCAAACAUAUUAGACAGGAGCUCUCGUGUGCAUGCUUGCUAAUGCGAAUUUACUUCCGGUAGCCGUCCUGGUUCCUGCCGUCCUGGUUCCUCCCAUCCUGCUAUCUUAAGGUCCCUUCUUGUUUCUACCAUUCUCAGCUGCCUUUUCUGCUGCUGCCCUCUCCUCCAAACAAUUCCUCUCAUCCCCCCAGGCACUCCGUUUCACUUCCUUAUCUACGCACUAUACUCCUCUCUCCAUCGCUGUUUUAAUCUUUCCGAUCAUGCGCCCUCUAUUUCCAGUUUUGCCUCUUUCCUCUCCUGAAUUUUUCCCACGUUUUGUCUCCUGUCCAUGGCUUGUUCAGCUUUUUGGACCUUCAAAUAACUUUUUCUGCGGCAUCUCUGCACGCACUCACCAAGAUCUUGUGAUGCUCUUCCUGUGAAUCUUCUAUAUCUGUUAGCGCUUCAAACCUGUUCUUCACUUCAAUGUUAUUUCUGCUCCUGAUCUCUUCACUCCGCAGCUUACAUACAUCAAACCUCACCUUGCUUUCUUUUUCCUAUGCGCCACUACCAACUUAAGAAUUUUUCUGGUGGUAACUAUAUACCUCUGCUCCUCUCAUCACUCUCAUGUCCAGAACGAUGCUCUCAUGCGUCCAUUCAUCAGAACAUAGUCGAUCUGAUUAGCAGUAUUCCCAUCUGGUGAAUUCCAGGGUAGCUUAAGGAUCUCUAUAUGUGGGAAAACUGUUCCAGUCAUGGCUAAUCUAUUCGUACCGCAGACGCCACAUAACCUUUCCCCAUUGUCAUUCAUGACUCCAACACCAAAUUUCCCGGGUACCACUUCUCUGUUAAUGUUGUUACUCCCAACUUUAGCGUACGGAUCUCCCAUCACCACAAUUAUAUCAUGACUACCACAUCUUGCAGAGUCGUGUAGAAACUUCGUUCGACAGCUGGGGGUUGGAAAGAGACGUUCAUGUCUUGAUAUUUUAGACAAGUGCGACUUUUUCACAAGGUCUUCUCUUUAAUUUUUGUGAGGACAAACGAUGAUAACCCUUGGGGCGAAGUCAAGACCUGUUUUUAGUGUUUCAAUGUUUAAAGAUUGAUUUUGAAUUUAACUAACUUUUUUGCUAUUUCAAUUUUAAAGUAUGUGGAGGUGCGAUGAAUAAAACAACUGGUAUAAUUGAUGAAGCAGGCAGCGCAUCCUACUAUAAGUCGUGCAACUGGCUGAUUUAUUCACCAGUAAGGGAAUCCACCAUACUAUUGGUUUUUGAACAUAACGAAGUCAAUUGUUGGUAAGAAAUAAAUCAUUGUUUUUUUUUUUUAAUCAUUCUCACUUUUUCGUUCAUCAAGCUUGUCAUUCUACAGCUAAUUGCCACUCGACCUUUGCUCAAGCGCAGAAACAAGUUUUAUGGGGACUCCAAAAUGUAAAUGAUUCACCCACUCUCUUACUCACCCACUCACUCACUCAGGCGUAGACAAACAGAGUGGCACUUUGGUAAUUACUCUUACUGAACUCGCCCGCGCCUAACUUCAUGUUGUUAUCUUAUGUAGACAUUAAUAGCUCCUUAAUACUGGACGAAAAUGAAUCUUGUGCUUUACUGACGAAAGAAGUAUUUUUCAAUUCACUGCCACAUAUCUUUAACUUAACUUCAGUAAGUGAAGAAAACUUGCGGUCACAUAAAAUACGUCCUAAAGUAUACAGCUAUCGAGGCAGAAAAAUUUAGAGGUUUGUUAUCAGAUGCAAGCGUGAGAAAACACUGUAAAUAAAGAUCAUCGCGUUACUAUGUAAUUAUUUAUGGAGCACUGUGAGUUAAAACGUGAUACAGGAAUAGAGAAUGUUAUAUCAUGGCCUAUGCAGGCGAUGAAAGAUUUGGAUUGUAGCGUCUAAAUUUGAUCAAUUUUUCAAAGAGAAAUUUAAUAAACGCAGCAAGAUAUUGUCUUCUACUGUUUUUGUUGACCACCUGAGGUAUGCGUUGAUUAUUUUGCGGGGCUGGAUAGUCAUUAUCAUUCUGGAUUUCUCCUUGACUCCCUGGAAGCUUUCGAGCAAAUUAAAGUCACGAAUGGGGACCAUCAUGACUGGCCCCCAUCUCUUCCAUGAUGGACUUUGUCACUACCAUCAAUCCACGUGGCACUAUAUUUUCAAGUAAAGUGUUUGUUACCAAUACGUUUAUUUGAAAAUUUUCUCAUCUUUACCUAGGAACUCAUGGACCUCAAUACGAACUUGGAGGCAGAGCAAGGAUUUUUGCCAAAAAUGGCAUCCAUUUGCAAUUUUGGUGUUAGACAGAAACGUCACAGUCACUCUCUUCUCGUACAGCUCCUACUUCAGAUUGAAAGCCUAUUAUUUUGUGCUGAACAACGCAACUUCAGAAAGUGAGUGAAGAUAUUAAGGUUAUUCAUCAGUGCAUUAUCGUUACUUUGAAGAGAACUAUCAAUUAUCAUAGUUACGGGAUUAGUUUUGCGAGUUUGGAGAGUAUGUUAAACAUUUCCCUAACCAAACUUAAUGAAGAAGUUCUCCAUGAGCCACUGUGUUAGCUAUAUCCUUGUUGAAGAUAUAUAGACGCGGUGUAUGUAGAUCUGUUGUUAACUUCAGUAUGAAACACUUAUUUCACACAUACUGAAAUACUCUUUGAACGAUUUAGAACUCUUGAUACGAUAAAAAAAGCCUGGAAAGUUCUCUCGGAGCUUUAAAUCACACUCAAAUCCCCAGAAUAGAAAUUGAACAGUUUUUAAAGUGCUUAAUUCAUAAAAUAGCAACUUUCCAUCGACUCGCUUAUGAAAUCCAAGAACGAGAUCAACGCACUGACUAUCAUACGUACCAAUCAUACCGUAUGUUCGACGUCACAUCUCAGCAAAUUUUGCAUGCUGCAUGGAUGUUGAUUGAUCCCUGUAUUAUGUGCCUUGCGUACCUGAUCAUUGCAACAUUCAUUAAAUUCAGCCUCCAUGUUUACAACAUGAAGUUCCAUUAUGGUCACCAUCCUUCUGAAUUUCUUUGACUGAAUUUUUUCUUUUUCCAAGGUCCUCACCAACAUAAAUGGAAUGUUUCAGUCUGUCCCGUCAGCUCAACAGCGGUCAAUGUGACUUGGUCUCGGCUGAAUACUUACAACUCAAAUACCACUUACAUUUAUGGUUAUGUAGUUAACGUGCACAUGCUACAGAAUGGUACAGGUAGCAUAAUUAUGCUAAAUAUGACAAAUGCUCCAUCCUCAAACACAAGUUCUUCCUCCUUGACUGCAGUGGUGAGUGGCCUUAGACCCUAUACAAAGUACAGAGUAAAAGUUGUGGCUCUCGUCAGAGAUCGGAUGAGUGGUGUAAUUUCGUCGAAAAGUAGUCCAACUAAUGAGAUUCAAACCUUGGAGAGCGGUAAGAAAACUAAAAGUAAUACUUAUUGAUGAUAAUGAUAGGAUGAUGAGAUGUGGUUGAAUAAAUUACUCAUUACAAUCUCGUCUCAAUGCCACGAGGUGCUAACAUCACAGCUAGUCAAGUAAUAUUUUGUAGUCUCUCGCUUCCAUUGUUUCCAAUUACUUAUUUGGAUUCUGUUUCGUAAUCAGAGCGGCGUGUAGUAGUCCCCAUAUUUGUUAAUCCCUUAACAAGUAGGAUUAACCCACAGUCUUUGCUUCGUGAUCCUCUACCCGACAAACCGAUCUCAGGAGACGCUCCACUUCGAAACUUUGAUCUAAACGCUCGCCUUCUUUCCCGAGAGCCGGGACAGAAAGCCAACUGUCUUGGUACUACAACAAACACUCGAAAUUCUUUUGUAUUUUCUUUUUUGUCUUACUCUCUUUUGCCGCUUUCUGCGACUUCAUCGCCGCCAAUGUCCAAAGGUUACGAACUUUGCAAUUGCAAGUCCGCUCCCAACACUUUUCUUGUGCGGGAUCAAAGCUGGCAAUCCCAAGUGGGCCAGAUGCGCUGAACCCAUUGGCAGCUCAGAUGAGCAAUCACAACAAAAGAUUCAAUUCAUAUUGCCCCCGUGCGCUAUCACCUAUGUAAUAAAGAAGGGCAAUAAGAAUCUCUUCUAAAAAUAGCAAUUUUUCUUCAGUAUUGCUUCCAACAGGAAGGGCGUCUAACAUUAUAAACCAGCCUUCUCUCUCUUUUUCAAGUUCCCGAUCGUGUUCCAUGGCUGUACGUGAGAAAUCGAGGUGUCGACAGACUGGAGAUUGUAUGGGGUCCAAUAUUCAGUGAAGAAGCUCGUGGUGUUCUUCUUGGCUACACUGUGCACUACAGAAUAUCUAAUUCGUACGACAGCUUUACGAGAUUAAGUAUGAACGCAAGUACUCAAGAACUAAAUAUAACCGGUCUGAUGGAAGCUACAGAAUAUGAAAUCAAAGUUGCAGGUCGUACAUCUGUUGGGGAAGGUGCAGAGCGCUCUACGUAUGCUGAAACAGGCAUGUAGUGAACAAAACCUCAAUUCUAAAUGUAUUAUUCGUAAUAACGUUCUACACACGAAAAAGGAAAGUAAAAAGCUAGAAGUAUGAAUUCUAAGCAAAUGCUAUACUUCCGAGAGCUAAAAGUAUUAUCAAAAAUUAAUGAAACCGAGGCAUGCAUAAAAAAGAGCCACAAGAUAAAAUGUAAAAGUAUUUUAAAGGGACAUUUUCAGGGAGAUUUUGGAGGUUUAUUUUUCAUUUUUUCGCUCGAUCUAUUCUGAAAAGCUCUGAAACGAUCACAUCAUUUCAAACAUCAGCAUUUCCUUUUCUACACGCACCCCGCAGAAGCGGAUGCAGUCACCGUGGCAAUUAAAAUCAAAUAGGCAUCUCCAAAUUAGGUUAAACAUAAUUCAAGUGUCGGGAUGAAGCAGCUUUUAUUGUGUUCACGUACAUCUUAGUGUUCUUUUUUUUUAACUGUUUCAAAAUUAAAUUGCUCAAGAUUUAUUCAAAGUUGACCGCAGAACGGUGGAAACUUUUAUUAUUACAUUUUAUUGCAAUUAACUUCUUAAAAUAAAAAAAAUUGUCUAACACUGUCAAGUUUACAUUAUAGGUUGCGGACAGAAAUUUGAUGAACCUUCAGGUCAAUUCAGUGUCAGGACUGCAUAUUCAUACCAUUUAAGAUAUUGUAGUUGGUUGAUACAAUCACCUGUUGUGAACUCCAGCAUACUUCUAGUUAUUGAAGAACUUUAUGGUUGCGGGUAAGAAUUUAAAGUCGUUAAUCUUUGAAGUUACUGAUAUCAUUCCUUAUUCCGUAAAAUGGCAGACGCGUUCAUCUGUUAACUUUUACGUAUUCAUGUGUGUGGUUGAUGCAUGUAUUUGCGUCACAGGUUUGUAGAUCUUUCUCGAAUAGCUCCUUUGCAUGGUAACACCUUUUACUGAAAACGCAUUCCGAGCCUCGUUUCUAGAUAAAAAUUUAAAAAGUAGUCGAUUCUUUCGUACUGUUUUUAUCAGAGCACUUUUUUCGGCUAGUUUCUAGUUGCGUGGUUUUGUUAUUUAACAAAAAAUAUAAUAUAAUAUAAUAAAAAUAUAAUACCCCCAUAAAGAGGGUUCGACUGUAUUCUGUUCUGUUGUAAGGCGCGGAGGAAGUGGCCAGAGCACGAAUGAAGAGUAGGGAGAAACACGAGAGGAACUCAAGGGUUUUUCCUAUUUCUUGUGUUCAGUAGGUCGAAUUCGACACUACUGAAAGUGAAAUGGUUAGAUAACAAACUGCUUAAGGCGCUGUGUUUCAAGUUGAGAAUAAACAACAGUCCAAUUCUUACGAUUGCGAGGCCUGAUCGAGGUGACAGCGUCAGGAAAACUCUACUGCCGUAACAAGCUCUUAAUUUUUUACUGAGAAGUUAGAUGGUAAAUUAUUUGCCGUGAAUAAGAAUGUUGUUUCGAAGCGAGUCUUUGCCUCUUCAUCUAUGUUGUGAGUAUGGCGUACUCGAAGACAACCUCGUUUAUUUGCUCGAAUUCACGAUGGAGUAUAUCAAGUGUUUUUGAGCAGGGAAUUCGAACGUAGCAAAAAAACCUUUACACAUCUUGCGAGAGUCGCUUAGAAUGAUAUGCUUUGGCAAUGAAAGAUCUUGCCAAAAAAUUGACUCUGUUCUCGUUUAGUUAUUUUGGACACUAGCCCAAUCGUGUCCGUGCAAGUUGCCGAGUUUCAGUGGCGUCCACGAGUUUUGCCCUUGCAUCGGCCCGCGUUUCUUCAUUUCCAGAUAGACUGGCUAUGUCUUCAGCCGGAUCUAGCGCCGCCGCCCUCUCUCAUAAAAGGACUGUCUAAAUAUACAUCUUUUUCAACAGUCGUUCCACUUCCCGAGCAGGCCCCUAGAACAAGUGUUCUAGGCUAAUACUACACUUUAAACUCAAGAGCUAUUACGUUUCCUAGUGAACUCUGCCAAGUCUAAGCUCCUGACUAUUGUGCCCAAAUGGGAAAGAGUAAAUCUUUACUUAAAUCUAAAUCCCAAAAAAUCCUCCGAUUGAGUGGGCAUUUGGAUCUCACUGGGACGCAAAUUUUGGGUGAAAAAAAAUGAGUAUUCCUGAGUAAACGUAUAUGAUACUUAACGCCAUCACUAUUUACCUCUUUCUAUUGCUGUUAUGAUAGGUUUCUUAGAUAAGAAUUAUUUUCACGACGAUUAGCAACUGACUUGCUUCACACACAUAAACGAUUUUCUUAAGCAAGGAGGGCAGAAAAAGCCGUUAAAGCUCGAACACUGUGAUGUGACGAUCGCGAGCUACUCAGGGCAGCACUCUAAAUUUAGAUAGAUCCGUAACAGUGACAUACCUUUGGAUGGUCAACAACAUAAAAAACGCGGUUACAAGAAAUUUAGUAAGCUGGUAAACCUGUUUUGUGAUUCAACGCAAGACUAAUCAAAAUUUACAAUUUUUCUCUGGUACUAAGGACUUAUACUCAAAUAAGAAGCCGUCAGAAAAGAGAGUGGCUGAGCUGCGGACAGAAGGUGCCAUUUGCAGUUUUGGUGUUGGACAAUUACUUGGAAAUGAAUCUUUACCAGUACAGAUCUAUUACUCGGCUUAAAGUCCAUUAUUUUCUCUUGAACAACUCAGACUCAAGUGGUAAGUUACUCGGUACAUGUCCUACACAAAUUACUUCAAUCAGUUUGAACAAAUUAAUAUCUUUCAUUUAAGUCCCCUUCCUUUAAGCCCCAUUCUGUCAUUUGGCGAUAAUCUUGAUAUUUUACAGAUUCAAUGUUUCACUGAGAAUCCACCUUACUGAGCUUAAAUGUAAAUGAUCAACUCCUAAUUAGAAGUUUGAUAAGUCGAAAUGGGUCCAAAAAAAAAACAUGAAGAUUUUUCCAAAUUAAUAACAUACCGUGUAUGUGCACUUUUUGAAAGACAGUUUUGAGUACCGGGUCAGCUGAAACCAAGGAAUGAUGUUCCACAACUUGCAAAGCGAUCAACACGCAUCAUAGUCAGCGGUAUUUCAAGCAGCUGAACACUUUCGUUGAUGUUUUGAACGUAUUUUCGAGGAUAGGGAAUGUUUUCCUCUUUAGAUGUAGUGUGUGGUGUCAGUAUUCAAAUGAUUUUCUAUCGAGCUUGAAUGAUAAUUUAUGUUAGCAAAUAAAUGAUUUUCCUGGAAGAGGCAGUUGUGUCAUCGGUUUGACAUGAGACACAACAAUAAAUCUUAUUGAUCUAAAAAAAAAUUAUUCUUUUAACCAUCUACUAAAACUUUCAGUAUUCACGUUGACAAAAACAUAAAAGUUUUUGAUAAGGUUUGGAGAUUUGUUAAAAUUGGCCAACUCAUGCAACAACUCAGGUUAUAAUAAUAAUGAUAAUAACAAUAAUGAUAAUGAUAAAAAUGAUAAUAAUAAUGCCAAGGCCUUAAUAAUAAUAAUAAUAAUGCCAAGGCUUCGUAGCAGCACGCAACAAUGGCAACAAUGCCCUUCAUGUAAGUUACCAUUACAACUAAGCAAAGAUGACUAAAAAUAAUCAUAUAAAUAGGAAAGUGGUAUCUAUCAAGAAAUUUGCCAGAGUAGGUCCGUACAUUUAUUUGUCACAAGGGAAAUUUUAAAAUUUUUACAACGUUGUGUUUAACGUGAUAUCUCUCUCAAAGCAAAAUAUCUGGAAGGUUAAGAGCUGAAAGGAUCGAAAAAAAAAACUCAUUAAAAAAAAAGGAACAGAGAAUUUACUCUUACUUGCACAUACUGAGGUGAAUUGAAAAUACCACACUUUGCAUUUAAGUAAUCAGGAGGAAAAUUUCAUGUUCACGGCUUUUGUAAGGAAAAAACACUUUAAAAAAAGAAACUUGUCGAAGAGAUUUCGUGAGGAAUGAUCAGGACUCGGGUACACAACUUAUGACUAUUUUCUUGCAACCUACUCCCUUUGACGUUUUGCUGUAAGUGAAUUAUUAUCAUAAACAGCUGCUGUUAUCUUUGAAAAUAUGCUUCUUUUACAUUUCAAUGUACAAGCUCUCGAUGAACCUGGUUGGAAUUUCACAGUCACUCAAGUCAGCUCUAAGGCGAUUAAUGCCAGUUGGCUUCCGCUAAAUACCAACAAUUCAGAUUCCAGCUACAUAUAUGGGUAUCUAGUUAUUUUGCAAAAGUUGCUGAAUGGCACUGGCGACAUACUUCUACUGGAUUUGGCACAUAAUGCGUGUACGGUGGUGAGUGGACUAAAACCCUACACGAAGUACCAAGUGAGAGCUGUUGCUCUCCUCAGGGAUCGUGGGAGUAGCAAGAUAUCUUUGAAAACCAGUGAAAGCACUGAAAUUCAAACCGCAGAGGGGGGUGAGUGACUUUUACUCCAUCAAUAAUCAUUAUUCGGAAUUCUAUUCCGUUAGGUGUUAGUUCUUGAGUCGUCAAUAAUUUCUCCUAUGUCCCCUUGUUAGAGAUACUAAGAGAGGAUUUUCCCGGGUGCUUGUAAGUGUAUUUAAAAAGUAUUUAUUAUUAUUAUUAUUAUUAUUAUUAUUAUUAUUGAUGACUGCAUACUUAAAUGAAUAAACACUGGGUCUGUUAUCAACAAUGAAAGUGAAAGCAUACUGGAAUUGAAACUGCCAUAAAUAAUUCUAAAAAGCUGACGUUCCGAGUAGUAGCCUGUUGUCGCAGCAUUGUUGGGGUUGUGUGUGCUUGUGUUUUGAGAAUGGUGUUACACUACCGGACUAAAUAUGAUGACAGUAAUUUUUGAUAGCUUAACGAGCUGAACGUAAUGCAUUUGUUGAUUACACUGAAAGUUUAAAUUGAGUGACCACUCGAAAAAUAAUUUUACAACUUUAGAUUGCCUCAGUGGAGAGAGGCAAUCUAAAUUUGUAAAAUUUUCGAGUUGUGACACAUGUUUUACGUGUUUGUCUGUUGACUGGCCCACUAAAGCAAAAAUUAAAGAGACAAAAUAUAAGAAAAACAUAUUUGCUACAUUGUUUAGUCUGAUCGUUCCGAUCGUCCGGGUGAGUGUAGUCAGAAAAGGUCUUAUGAGGAUGGCGGUGAUUGACGUCCACAUAACCCCUAGCUAGCUGCUUUAUAGGGGCCGCUGAGUUACCGCUGAGUUACCAAGACUCCAUCAUUUUGAAAAUAACUAAUUGCGAGCCAACAUUAUAUUUCAGUAAUGCAGUAUCCAAGUAUUCAAAAAACUUUCUAAGCUUGUACAAAAAGGUGUUUUCCACUUGGCGAAUCGGUUGUCUUUGUACUUCCAUGCAAAAACAUGUCAAAUCUAGACAUGUAUGCUUAGAUACGAAAAUACAUUACUUGCAGUUAAGAUCUCGUCGAUAAAUUCCAUCAGAGGUGGAGGUGUGGGAGCUUACAUAAAGGAAACUUUGCCCUAUAAACGUAGAAUUGACAUCGAGGCUAAAGAACUCGACCUUGAACAUCUGUGGCUUGAAUUUCCCGGUAGAAAUAAACAUAGCAAGCUUCUUUUAGGAACAAUGUAUCGCUCGGAAAGAAUGCUAACCUCAGCGGAAUGGCUAGAGCGUUUUGAGAACCUCCUCUAUUACCUAACAGCAACCUGGGAUGGUCUUAUAGUUGUGACAGGAGACAUCAACAUAUAAGAUUUACUCAGACCAAAUAAACCUAUAACUAGCCAAUAUUAAGACAUAUUAUCUUCACUAAACUUACAUAAACAUGUACAUAAACCAACCAGGACAACAGACAAGACGAGCACACUUAUCGAUCAUAAUCUCCAACCUUCCAGAACGUAUUCCGCACACAGAUGUUCUUCCAUGUCCUUUAGUCAGCGAUUAUGACGCCGUCUACGCAACUAUUAACAUCAAAGUUACAAGGCACAAAUUCAUCAGAAAUUUGAACAACUUUGAUGAAUCUUCCUUUUUUGAAGACUUUAAAACACUACCAUUUGCAGCCUCGUUUGGAGUCUCCGAUCCGGAUGAAAAGCUCGAACUAUUAAGUUCAUUGAUCAAGGAAUGUAUCGAUAGGCAUGCACCAUUAAAAUUAACGAAGGUCACUCGACCACCUCAAGGAACAAAGAGACCGCCUACGAUCUGCAGCAAGAACGAGUAACAACAACAAAGAAACUUGGGAAAAGUUCCUUGCGGCCCGUAAUCACCUUAAAGAAUUAAUUAAUUCAACCAAGAGAAACUUCAUGGAAAGAAUGUUGUCAUCUAAGAAACCAAAAGAAGUUUGGAAAGUAAUUCACCCUAUCCUACAUCCGAGCCCGCAGCGAAUAACUAUGCAACCGGACAAGCUAAACAAUUUCUUUGCAUCCACGGCCGAACGCACCAUUGGCAUCAACGCCCACCAUGUUGAUGAUUACGCCUCAAUUAUAAACUUGAUUUAAUCACUCCCUGCAAACUUAGAUAACAGUUUUCGAAUCAGGAUCGUUACUCUUAAAGAGGUCAUUCAUGAGUUACGUAACAUUCGAUCAGACUGUUCAACUGGUCCUGAUAACAUCCCUGCAAACAUGAUCAAAAUGGUUGCAGAUUAUCUAGGGACUCCGCUUACUGAUGUCAUCAAUACCUGCAUCAAGAACUUAUACUUUCCAUCUGCUUGGAAGCUCGCGCGCAUCUGCGUGAUUCCUAAAGGGAGCCAAAUUAAAUCCGAGAAAGACUUACGACCUAUAUCAAUAUUACCAGUGCUUUCAAAGGUUUUUGAACGGCGGAUUUUCCGUCAGCUGUCUGUUUUUAUUGAUAAGAACAAUGUUCUCAACAAUAACAUUUCUGCCUAUCGAAAGGCACAAUCGACAACUACUGUACUUCAAGCUAUACGAGACGACAUAGUAAAAGCCAUGAAACGUUCGGAGGUAACUAUGAUGAUCUUAGCCGACUUUUCCAAAGCCUUCGAUACGACCUGUUUCAGAAAUCUUAUCACUAAGAUGAGUAAACUAGGUUUCCCUAGAGACUUCCUGAUGUGGACACUCAAUUAUAUUACGCAUCGUACACAAUUUGUACAGAUCGAUGACACGUGCUCAGAGGUUAAAAACGUGAAUUUUGGGGUUCCGCAAGGCCCCAUCUUGGGUCCGGUGCUAUUCAAUAUUUAUGUUGCUGAUCUUUAGGAGAACGAAAAUGUCAAAUACUUCCAGUAUGCGAACGACUCAACAAUCUACGAUCAUGCUAAAAUAUCUGACCUAAAUACCUGUAGAAACACUAUCUCCCAAUCAAUUAAUAAAUUAAGUGCCUGUUCUAAGCAGAGUACCCUCGCCUUUAACAACGACAAAACCAAGGUUAUAAUCCUAUCCACCCCGCAAAUGUCCAGAGUACAUCACCUUGACGAGUAUGAUCCUAACAUCGUAGUCAGUGGUUAUAAACUAGAACGUAUUAAAUCUUGCAAACUGCUUGGAGUUCACAUCAAUGAGCAUCUUAAGUGGGACGAUCACAUCAAGCACAUGGUAUCUGGAUGCUACACCAUUCUAUCGAUACUAAGAAAAUUGAAAUACCUUGGCAAAUAUGAGCUCAGCAAGCAACUGGUAGAAACAUUGAUUUUGUCAAAACUAGAUUAAGCUGAUCUAGUUUUUUACCCUUUACCACAAUUCUUACUUCGCCGAUUGCGACGAGUUUAAUUUGCUGCCGCAAGUUUUGUACUCGGUCACUAUGUUAAGAACUUUCGGGAUGUACUUAAAAUCGGAUGGCUUCCAAUCAAUGAGAGAAGAUAUUUGAAUCUCCUGAAAUCAUGCUUUAAAGCUUUGCAUAACACUGAGACUUGGCCAGAUUAUCCUAAAGUAAUAAAACAGGAAUGCCGCAAGGAACUGCGCUCAAGCAAUUCCACUAGAUUAGCGGUCCCGACCGAAAACAGCACUUUCCAAGAUAACGCGUCGAAGCUAUUUAAUAAUUUACCAGAAUCUAUUAGAAACUGUAAAGAUUAUAGAACCUUUUUAAGACUUUCAAGGAUUUUUUUAUGUAAUAGAGUACAGAGUGAUUAGUUAGUUUUACUGUAAUUUCUAUUCUGUUAAUCCUACUUCUAGUUUUAAUUGCAUAUUGCGUAAUUUGUGAAAUAACUUAAUUUGAUUUUUUUUUCAAUUUUUUUUUAUUUUAAUUGUAAUUGAUGUAUUUUAACAGGGAAGAGCCACCUGGUGGAUCUGUUAAUAGACCAUUAUUAUUAUUAUUAUUAUUAUUAUCAUUAUUAUUAUUAAAAAGCAAACAAACAAGCGAGUGAUCAAAUACAUCACAAACACAAGCCAUUCAGUGGAAAUAAUUCCCAGUUUCUUCUGUCAUGAGGUUUUUUUUAAAGCUGUCGACAAACAGCGCACGAUGCUGCAUAUGAUCCUUGGAAGAACGUCCAAUGAUUUUCCAAAUAUUCUUAGUUCUCAUAUGGGAAACAUUGUUGCGACAUAAAUGCAUUAAAUCAAUUUUAAUUGGAUAGUGAAAUAAGCGAUAUUCUUUUGUUCCUCAUUAAUUGUUAUAAAUUCUCUGAAUUGUUGGGCUACCGCCUGUCUAAGAAACGACUUAAAUUUUUGCAGUACCCCUCCGAGCACCUUCGUACAAGAACGUCUACGCUUUGGAUCAUCAGAGUAUUUUUGUGAGUUGGUAUGCCCUGUCACAAGAAGAUACUGGUGGCAUUCUACGAGGAUACAGAGUGCAUUACUAUAACUACAGGGACUACUCUUAUAAAAAUGUUACUGUGGGGCCAGAGCAGCUGCAGGUUUUGCUAACAGAUUUAAAGCCCGACACAGAGUAUGAAAUUUACGUCGGAGCGUUUACAUCUAUGGGAGAAGGUCCAAAGGAUUGGACUUGGGUCAAAACACGUAUGCUUUUUAGUGUCAUUAUUUUUAUUGGGUGUUUUAAAAUAUAAACUUGAUCUCUGAUUAGGAUAAAUGAUUUCUUGUCGCUUGCAUCACUUUCCAAACAAUCACACCACAUAUGAAUCUCGUCGACACGCUUUUAGUCACACAUUCAUUUAAUGUAAUUAUUUUUAUUAUGAUUAAUGAAGAAAAAACUUUCUGUCGCGAUAGUCGAAUGAAUUGAAUAUUUCUCAGUAAAAUCUUUUGGCUGUUUCUCUCACCUUCACUUCGUUAGAGUGAAUCAGUUAUUUUUUAUUUACUGUAUUUUCACUCGUGUUUUACUCAACUAAUUCGUUAUACAACAAACAAAUUAAAUCAAACUGAUAUAGAUAAAGUUUACUGGGAUUUCAUUAUCAAUAUUAAUAAUGUUUUGUUUUAUCUAAUACAUCAAAGAUUGUGGAGCACUCAUUUCUGGUCACUUUGGCGAGAUUACUAGUCCUGGGUUUCCUUAUAACGUCGAUUGGAGUGACUGCACUUGGAACUAUACUGCUCCUGACAACAAUUCAGUAGUCCUGCUGACAUUUGAACAUUUCAAUUUACUGUUAACAUGGAACUGCAGGUAAACCGUUACAUAAUCCAGGGAAACGAAGAUUUUUUCUUCUUGAUAACCUUUACUCUUGUUUGCGUUGAUUUAGUUAAUGACGGGUCACUUUCUCUAAAGUUACUGCGGUCGGAUAGAUCGCAAAAUGUUGGUGUUGUACCGCAAGAAAAAAUCGAGGUGAAGGUAAUGUAUUGGUAGAUUUGAGAAGCUAAAUGUGAGGCGUUUGUUGAUUCCAUGGAGCGUCAAAGUUCCGAUUCGAAAGAUAAGUUAGUGACUUUGGGAUGCACUAGUUGAGAGGACAAUCAUAGACAAUAGCUCCAACAAUACGAUGUAAGGGGAAAUCGCCCUCGUUAAUUUCAACACAGUAAAAUUGCCAUAGAUCGUGAACAAUGCAAAUAUGUAAUAAAAGUAGGAAAUAAGUAGUUUAACUGCAAAUUAUGCAAUAGCUCAGUAAAAGUACUGGGAGCUAGUUAUUCUAUUUUUAGUCAUGGUUUCGUAAGAUCUUAAGUAAAAAAAAAUACUGAAUUAAAAUUCUCGUUGCAUCGUACGUUCUUUGGUAAAAUUCUUGACGACCAGUUUUUUCCUAAAUUUAGAUCACGCGGCAGAAAAUCUUCUUUAAAUUUCCUUAACGCGCUCUCUAGAACUUUCGAUGGGAUAACUGAGACACGUGAAAUGUACGUGCUGUUAUCUUUCGGUAACCUGGACUCUUGUGUAAUCAUUUACGGCUACGUUGUUCUUAUUAUCAAAGGGGAGCGGAACCUGGCGGAAUCAAAAGUUACCUUCAGUGCCGUUUGAUAUUUCAAAUUUUAUUUUAAUAUUUUGGUUUUUAUCUGGUUGAAAAGCUAUCUUUCAUCUCGUAAUGGAAUUAUGAAAAAAAUCAAGGUCAACCUACGUUUUGUGCGACAAGUAACCCACUUCAGUAGGAAGAGAUAUUUCUCAAGAUAAAAUAAAUAUAUUCUUAAACGAGGAAGCUCUGAAGUUGACAAAGAAAUAUGACUACAUCAGGGCUUCUAGAUCUCAUGUGCUUACUUGUAUACAGCUGUUUCGAGAAAGGUUGUCGAAAAAAAGGACAAAAGUGCAAGCUACAAUCAAUCUCCAGAGGAAAUCUAUGUAUCGAUCCGGUAAUCAAUUAAUUUGAUAAGUCAAAUAAAUAAAUUCAUCAGACCCGCAAUGCCUCGUCCUUACAGUGACUUUUUCCCUGAUUUCCCUAAAAUCCUUAGGUCAAGGAACCGUGACCUGAAAGCUAGCCACAAUACCUCUCAGAGUUGUCGCAUGCACUCUCGUGCUUUUUUUCUCCGACAACCUCUCUCGAAACAGCUGUAUAUGGGUUGAAAGGAUUAAGGGAUCUUUUUUUAAUAGACUUAUUUACCUGGAGAUCAAUAAAGGCCAGGACAUCGAAAGGAUAUGUGGCAGAAGGACUGGAUUAACAGUUGUUUGGGAUGGUCCUACCUUGCACCUGCGUUACCAUUCGAGUCGCUCGACGUCAUCAGCGACAGGAUUUAAGGCCCAAUAUCACAUACUCAACAAGUCAUUGACCGAAGGUCAGUUUAAAUUUAUAACUACAUGGGAUACGUUCAAGUAACUUUAAAUUGUCAGAGAAACAAGCCACGAUACCUUUUGUCUAAUUUUAUCUUGAGUAAAGAAUCAGCCUGACUUCACCCGAAUUUUUUUCUUUUUUUAUGAUUCAUAUAAAGCCCCUCGCAUACAAGGCUGGAAUAUAACUGCUGAUAGCAUCUCCUCGACAACAGUGUUGGUGACAUGGCCAAAUGACACCUUUUCUCUUUCGAUGAAGGAUUUUUACGGUUUCGUCGCCGCCUGCACAGCUACUGAAAUCAAAGAUACCUUACGUCUAGCUGCAACAAAUUCUUCGUCUAUUAGUACUUUGGUUCAAAGGCUUGUGCCGUACACAGAAUACAGGGUUCAAGUGAUUGCCUUGUCCAAGGGUGAAAGCAAUGGAUCGAUUUCAAUGAGAAGCAGCAGUGUUGUGGUACUCAAGACAAACGAAGAUGGUGAGGAAUGAUUAAUUUUUAACAGUAAAAGAACGUGGGUGGGCAUGAAUCAGCGGACACUCCCACUAACAGUCGAUCUUCUGCUUAAGAAACUACGCUUAGGCAACACUGGCCAACGGUUAGUAAAAUUCUAGGAGACCUAUGUCAUAUUUCUUAAUAAAGGAGAAAAGUGCUCUUUGAGUCAUGAUUAUAUGAUCCUAUGAUCCUACGGUCUUGCCAUUGAGAGGUACAUAAGGAAAUUUACUUAUUACCGUGUUUUGAGUUUCAAAAGUGUUACUUAUCCUUUCGAAAACUGUCUAGAACGCACUUUGAAAACAACUCAGCAGACCGGCUGCACACGCAUUACGGUUAAGGAUUUAACUCGAGAGACAUGAACGAAAACGUGUACUUCACAACCAGUUAGUUCUUAGUUGUUAACCUUGCUGUUUGCAUUACGAUUCCGUCCAGUUUUGACACAAUUGAUACAAUUCAAAUUCAGCUGUGCUGUGAGUUGUUCAGAAGGAUUUCUCUUUUAAAUUUUAAUCUUGAAUCAAGUUUUGAUUCAAAGUAGCGAUCUUAAAAUUUGCAAUUCUUUUCGUUCAAAAGGAUCCUCUGUUAUUUCACCUUUGAAGUUUAAUUGAUUUUCUUAUAAUGUUUGUUUGUUAUAUUUGCAGUUCCUUCAAAGCCGCCAAGUAAUGUCUCGGGGCACGGCACAAAUUCUUCAACCAUUCGAAUUACGUGGUCUCCCAUAAAUAAAGAUAAUAUCCGAGGGGAGCUUCUAGGCUAUCUAGUUCUGUAUAAAGAGGCCUGGACACAAGAGAGCUAUCACAAUAUGUCAGUUGGGCCUCUAGUUUCGUCUGUACUCUUAAAAGGCCUGAAAGUUUUGACACUAUACAGAAUCUACCUUGCCGGGUUUACGAGAGCUGGUGUUGGCGUUCAGAGUCGGCCACAUUUUGCCAAAACUGGUAAAAAAUAUUUUGGAUAUAAAAAUAUUUUGAUACUUUGAUUCGCUUGUUUGCUAGUUGCAUGUAUAUCAAAUUGCUUAAAGAUGCCUUUCCCCCAAUAAAUCGUUCACGUCAUUUUCUUUCCCUUUUUCUGACCCUCUUACUCAUUUCAUUGAGUUAAUCAUUGGCGAAAUGUCAUUAAUCACUUUUUAACUUUAUUUUUCGAUGUCCUCUAGGUUGUCUGUUUUUUGUACCCAGCGAUGUCCCAGACUUUGCGAGUCCUAACUAUCCCGGUAAUUAUCCAAGUAAUGCCAACUGUACUUGGAUAGUAGGUCAAGGAAUGGAAUUAAGAGAAACGAAGAUUAUUCUAUUCUUCGACUAUUUGCACACAGAAGGUUUUGGUACUCCAUGCAGGUAUUUAUUAAUUUGAAAGGUUGCAUUAUAGAAGACAACUUAUUUCAGUUGCAGACGGUUUUUCGAGUGAAGUGUAAACAGAUUCUGGGGAUAGAAUGACUCUGAAUUGCGGUUGCAACAACGAGUUAGCAUUUUUUUCGCAAAUCGCGUGAAAAUGAGACGUCACUGCGAGGUUUGGGGCAAAAUUGGUGGUAAUCAAUUUUCAAAAUCAAUAAUAAAACUUUGCGUUCCUUUGCAUUGUGAGGCAUUCAGCAAGGUUGUGUUAAGCUUAAGGAAAAAGCACGUUAGUCGUGGUUAUCUGCUACAAAGUUGUCACAUUUCCUAUGGAAAUUAAGAAGAAUUCUUGCUGUAAAAUAUGCGAUGUAAAAGCCAUGGAAUGCACUCUUUAACGACAAGUUGCAUGCUCAGUGGCAAAAAACAGGCGUAUUGCAUUUGCAAUUUACUUGUAACACUGGCCCUGUAUAGAACACAUACAAAUUUUCACGAUGAGGAGAUAUUUUUUUGAAAAAAAAAAAAUUCCAGCGUUUGUCAUUCGAUCGGUCACAUCGAUCUACAAAUUAAAAUACAGAUUUGGUUGCUUUGAUUUAGGUUACUAUCAACAAAAUCGUUCUUUAGCUCGUUAAUCAGAGAAAUCAUCUAGGUUUAAUUUUUCAAAGAAAAAACGCAAAAUUUUAAAAAGGAAGUGAUAUAUGGCUGAAAGAGUGUUAUGGGACAGCUGGUACUGAAUAGUGAAUGGUGUAAUAUUCCGGAAGUCUGGAGCGGAGUGUUGACAUUUUUGUAGACUUUCGUCCAGGAUCUGGAAACAAAAGACUACGUAAUCGCUCUCCAGUCUCCAUCUGAAACCUUGCGAAGUCGUGUUCUCGACUUCGAGACUACGUCAGGUUAAAUGUUUUGAGUUAGGUCCCCAUCGUGACUUGCGACAUCUUUUGCUUAUGAUGCCUAAGGUUUGAAAUCUCGAGCUCAAAAGUACUAAAGUGAGUAAUCGGCUAUCCUGUCUACUUUAAUUGCCCCGUUUGGUUGUAACGUUCUCUGUUCUUUCUGGAAAUAUUUGCAGCUCGGAUUACGUUCAAGUGAGGGACAAAUCUCAGAGUAUAGAUUGGAAAUUUUGUGGAAAGCAGCCUCCUUUUGCUGUCACCUUCACUGAAAGUUCUUUCACAGUGCGUCUGUAUUCAGACAAUGGCAUAGAGGAAAAGGGUUUCUACGCUCGAUAUCUUUUGGUGACCCAGGAAAUAGAUCUUGGUAAGGAUAAGAGGGGGAAUCGCUUCCAAAAUCCUAGGUAGAUGAGCCUAUUAUUUUGCAGACUAAUAAAUGCUUAUAACGUAAACAAGACUCUAAGAGCACUUGGAAUUAUUUUUCCAUGUCUAAAGUUUACAUAAAUUAUGGAUGACUAUAACUACUGGCACGCGUUUCGAAACAUUGAAAGUAUCUCAGAGUUUUCUACAGCACAGUAAGCUCAGCGCUGUCACAUGGCAAGGUGAUUGAUACUGGCGAAUAAUUGGUCGCCCCCACCUCAGUUUGAAAUCAUACUGUACAUAUUAUAGAAUCUCACUUCUUUUCCUUUUCCAAACGGUAACCAACUACAUGACACCUAUGUAUCCAUCAGUUGUUUUGAUGGCAAACAUGCAUAGCCUUGUGAUACAUUGGUCAGUGGGCUGGGCAUGAGUUGAUGAUUAUUCAUUCACUCUUCAGAUAUAGCGACAAAAGAGGAGAGCACGAUUUCAGCAUCAGCUGUAUUAGAGUGGAAAAAGACGCAAAAUUUGGGUGAAUUUAAGGGUUACGUUGUGUUGUACAAGUUGUCUCAGUUAUCAACGUAUUGGAAUGUCAUACGGACGAAUGGUACUCAAGUAUCGCUCCAAAACAUUCAGCCAAGAAGAGAAUACACUGUCAGAGUGCUACUCUUGUCAAACGUCACAUACAUCAGUCAAACGUUCACCCUAGAAACUGGCGUAGGUAAGUUUCCACUAAAUGUGAACAGUUCAGAAGAUAUUAAUCUAGAUCAGAUUCUAAUCGACCCGACUGCUAUCCGCGAAACAGUAGUUCGUACGUCAAACUUACAUACUAUUUUUUAACGAAUUAUGAGGAAAUAUAAUUUUUUUAAAGAGCUCAAUCCGCAAAUAUAUCCUCCCUUCCUCUAUUCAAUGAUGCACAAUCACUAACACUGAAAAUAUUGUACAUGGGGAGAGGGGGUAAGAAUAAGGAUACAUUGAUUUACUGUCCAGACAUAUUACAAUGUUAGGGAUAAAAUUUCAACGAUUUGGUCCCGGAUUGCCGCUGGCCCGAUAGUAUUUGCAAACUAAAAUAGUAACAUUCAUGAUCGUGUUUGUUGUAACACAGAAAAAUUGUAUAAGUCCUCAUUUCUUUCUGUUGCGAUAAAAAUUACUGAAAAGAAAAAACACUCACUGGUAAAGAUUAGUAGAAAAACGAAGAAAUUAGGGUUAGCGAGGUUAUGGUUUGAUUCGAAGUCAGAACACAUUCUAACAGAAAUUUCAGAAUUUCUAUUCGUUCACGUUUUAUUAAGAGUUUAAUCUUCAUCCCGGAUAGUCUCAAAUUAUAUGCGUUAUUGAUCAGGCCUGAAGUCACGAUGGUUAGAUCACGAUGGUUAUUGGCCGAGUUCCCUUGUUUUGCGUUUUGAUGAACCGAGACGAAAUCGAGAUUAUAAAACCUCAAAAAAGGAAAGAGGCUAGUAUUCAGCCAUCUUGAGCGAACAAGCUUGGUUAAUAGAGGAUUUAUUACAAAGUAGAAAGAUUCAAGGUUGCAUUCAUGAUGUCGAGAGCCGCGACAUUGCGCUUGUAGCACAAAAACCAACGAGAGUCGUUCGUGUUUUCUUUGCUUUGACUGUCUUCUGCCCCUUUUUGUGACUUUACGAACGUAUGAAAGUCUGUUCCAAACAGUUUGUUUUUCUCGUGCGGGAUCAAAGCGAGCAAUUCCGAGCGAGCAAGAUGAGCCCAUCUCGCUCGCUCGGGUAGCCAAUCAGAACACAUGAUUUGCUUCAUGUCGCCCACGAGCAUGCACGGCCGGUGUUAGAAAAAUUAUGUAUAUAGGUGAAACUGCGAUGAAAAUUUGAGAUAUUUAUGUAUAAACUCAAUUGCUCGGAGCAAGGAAGCAAUGUGUUACACUACCAGGCAAAACGACGAAAAUGAAAUAUUAUUUAAAAUUGCAUUCAUACUCAUAUACCUCAUUUCUAUUUCUUGAUUCAGUGCAAACGACGGAGGAGCCAGCAAACGCACCGAGUCCGACAGCGGAAGGUAAAAAUGCAAUUAGAAUUGGUUCCGUUCCCAGGCAAGAAAUUAUUUUUCAUUGCGAUAACGUUGAUUAAUGUUUCUUUUUCCAUUGAAGUAAAAACCGUAACAAAAGGCUGAGAUACCCGUUAUCUAUGUCUGUAAAAACAUAAAUGACAACAUUAACCUGAGUUGCUAUUAACUUUUAGGCGAUAGGCUGAUCUAUAUUCAAACAAUUAGAUUAUUCGCUUUCGAUUUCUAUGCGCGAGAUUUUUAUCGGGUUUCGUCCUCAUCAACUACCUCGCAAUAGAAGUUUCGAGAUCCUAAACUAAUUGUUGAAUAGAUAGCAAGUAAUGUAGCCAAUCACAUUUUAGAGUAUAUUUUGUGAAAGAACACUGUUGAAUCUUUCAAUACUAAAUAGUUUUCGACAAUUUUGAUUUAAAAAUGGUGUUCUUCGAAACGUUGUAUUUGAAUUGCCUCAUUAUUUCACUUAUAAUAGCACCGAUGCAGCUCAUGUACCCCUACGGUCCUUCCGCUGGUGAUUCGGAAAUUCCAAACACGUAUGAGUACUCAUGGCAAUGUUUCAAGAUCGAUAUCCCGGACGAUGGAAUGCAAUUCUUUGGCAAGCGUCAUUACAAAGUCUACGUGCGUAUAUAUGCUCUUCUUGCAUUCAGUAAAAUAGUCUGACAAUCGCCGGACAACCGUAACAUGCCUUUGGAUUGUGAUGUCGCUUGCCUUGUUGCCAUUUUCUUGAAGAUGCGAUGGUAACCUGCUAACCUUUUCUAGGAUUUUAACAGAAAUUGCUUUUUUCUUGAUUCUUCGAUUACUUUGUAACCAAGCGUUCGAGGCACAAUAGCCAAUUAAAACUAAUAAUAGUAUACCUAAUUUAUCAGGUCUUUCCCACGCUUUCUUCGACAGUCAUAUUCUUUUCUAAGCUUAAUAGGGUGUGUCGUAGUAACAUAACACAAUUAAUUUGUAAAUUCUCUCCCAAAGCAAUUCUUAUUAGAAUCAAUGCUCAUAAGAAAAUGGCCGGGUUUAGCCAACAAAUUCAAAACUAGCCAAGACAAGAUCAUUAAGUAUCAACUAACUCAACCCUAUUCUCUCUUUAAGAUCUGUCGCAACGGAUUGCUGCAGUUUGAUUCACAAUGGCUUCCCUGGUGGCCUUACAAUUUCGGGGAACGUUGGUGGCUGAAGAAAAAGGCAAUGUUAGCGCCUUAUUGGGGUUUGACGGAUACGGACGAUUCUUUUGUGAUUCAGGGCUUUUCUAAAGUUAACUAUCACGUGUAUUCAGAUUCCGACCCAAGUUCUGCUCCUAUGUUGAAGAGGGCCUCUUCGGACACAAAGAGGCUGUUGUCAACUCCUUUGCCGACCGCCUUUAAGGCAUCAUGGGUGCUGGUGGUAACGUGGAGAAAUUUACGUCCGUAUCAGUACCCUGCAAAUAUGGCAAACCAGGUAAAAGUCUGGCUAAUUUUUCGAACGCACAAGUUGUUUAUCGGGUCUUAACGUAGCUACGCUAAGACUGUACUGAGGCAAGAGUGGUGCCUUCUCUUUUAAUAGAAGAAUACCUGUUUCGAAAUUUGUGCUCAAAGGUUUUCACGAGAAUCGGAAAUAUCUAAAGUAACAAGGAAGUUUCACAGAAAUACAACUUUGUGUGAUCUCCUGAUGAGAAGAGAUCUCUCUGGAAAGAUCUAGAUCUUUGCUCAGAGGCCUUGUCACUAUGUUCGGGGCUGUUAAUCUCAUGCCGGAUGAAGGAAGAAAUGAUACAUACACAAAUAAGUUCGUUUAAGAAAUGCAUUUUUCUAAUACUUUAAAACCCUAAAGAUAUUAUAUUUAACACGGCAACAUGAAAUUUACUCACUUAAUAUAAUAAACAGCAUUGUGAAGUUAUCUGGUGCGUUUGUCAUCUAAUACAUCAUAGGUAAGAACCGAUCAAAAUUCGUGUAUGAUUUAGCAUAUUUUAAUAAAUUCUUGUUUAUCACUUAUCACAUUUAAUCCAUAGGGAAAUACGUUUCAGUUAGUUUUGAUCACAGAUGGAGUGUACUCCUUCACGAUGUACAAUUAUCCAAGCAAUGGCCUGCAGUGGUCCGCUCCAACCCAGAGGUUUGCUCAGUGUAGAGGUCUACCAAGUUCAGAGUUUCUUGAAUAAUGCUUUCUAUGGAAGAAUAAACUUGUCUAUUUGCCUAUAAGCUGUGUUAUUUGCACACCAUCACGUUGGUACCCUAAGUCCUUCUGAGCUCGAAACCAACUGUCUUUGACACAAUUCGUCUGUGAAAAAAUCACUUUCAAAUGAUUAAUUAAAGUAUAAUGGUCCAAAAACUGGCAUCAUCCAUUCCAUUCAUACUGCUUGAAUAGUGUUAAAGAAAUACAGUUACUUUUACAAAUCCCCAUCAGAAAACUGCAUGAAAAAAUGAUCUCGCGACGAACAUGUGGAACGAGAAUAAGCUACUUGUAGUAGACAAAGCACAAAAUAAAUGUUAUACCAAGGACUCUUUCUUGGAACAUGAUCUGAGGGAAAGAAAUCUAUUUCUAUUACUGAAACUAGGAUCCCCCCCUAACCUUGAGACCUCACGUUAAGUUUAGGAGUUUGGAGAAAGACAUUUAUUCUAGUGUUAGACGGGAGAAUUCAAUGGACUAUUUCUUGAUGCAGCAACUGACUCACAAUCUCAAGUUAGAAUCCUGUGUAUUGGCCAUCUCUCAACACAAGAGUUGGUGCAUGAAUUAUACAAGCGAAUGCCAGUGGGUUAUAAAUUUAAUAUGUCACUCAGUUAGCUACCUUAUCGCAGUUCAAUGGCUCUACGGCUGCCUUUACCUAGUUGUGCAAUUUUGAAAGAGUUGUUUUCAGAUUUUUUUUCCGUCUCCAGAUGAACGUAAUAAUUGUAUUUCUGUUGCAGAAUGUACUAUCGAUAUUAUUACAACUCACGUGGGUUGCCUGUGGUUGGUUGGAAUGCUGGAGACAAGGGAGAAAGCAAAUAUAACAUGCCACGGUAGGUUGUGUUGUUCAGGACAUAGCUUUAUCUUUUAAUUGGGUGGUAGAAAAUCUGAUCGAUGGGGAAGUUUCCCGUUUGUCUCUUUCCUAGAUCGGGUACUGUCAACAUAGAAACAAUCGACGGAAUAAGAGGUAACGCUGACAUGGUUGGGAAGUGGUUUUUCAGACUGGAAGAAUCCCUCGGGAAACUUAACGCAAGACAGGAGUGCAUUGACUGGUUCAAAGCACAACCAGAUCCUCGAUUCUACACUGAAUACAUCGAACCUUGUCCUUGUGUCCUGCGACAAGCAUGGUGGGACGAAAGGUUCACAGUGAACUGGAGAGACUGGCCAAGAAUGUGUGGCUACGCUCAAUUCCCCUCAUCACAUGGGUGGGGCCAGGAAUGUUGUUACUCCACUAACUGGCAAAGCUGGGGUGCACUGCUUGUGGGAAAUCCUGGUGGAGGUUCGGCACAUAGAUACCACAAGUUGACCGAGGAAUUAAGAGCUAAACACGACUCGAGCGAUGUACAAGGCUAUCAAAAGUGCUGCGUCAACUCAGACUUGUGUGACUUAUAUUACAAGAGACGCCCUUCCGAUAAUUGUGGAAAUUAUGUAGUUCCAGAAUGGAGUAAGGAUUUUUUUUUAAAUAUCAUUAUGCACCCACACACCUUUUGCUCUCAGUAGAAUCUUGCAAUCAAGGCAUUCUGCUUGCCUUCAAGUUGCUUGCAUCAAGAUGUAAUUGAUUCAGGAAUAUAUUUCAUAUAGUUUUUCUUUUUUUAGGUUGGCUCUGGGGUGACCCUCAUUUUGUCACUCUUGAUGGCAAAAACUACACCUUUAAUGGUCUUGGUGAAUACAUAAUGACCGAUGCUCGUGACGGAUUUUUUCAGCUACAAGCUCGGACGAAACUAGCAAAAGGGGAUGGAACAGCAACAGUGUUUUCUGCUGCAGCUGCGAAGGAAGGCAAUUCUAGUGUUGUCCAGGUUGAGUUGAACGACGCAGGUCUGUAAUUUAACAAAAUGUAAUGGUUGGAAUGGAUUACCAAAUCUUCUCCCAUCUGAGGGUUUCCUCAAUUUUAUCGUAACUUUUCAUCGUCCGAUCUUGUUCAUUUUUACGAACUUAAACAACCAAAUUCUUGGAAAUAAGUGAAAAUAGAUUGUUCUUUUGGUACGCGUUCUCGUCAUAUGAUCUUAUCGGCUAAUUCUAUCUACAGAAAUAAGCGUGCUGAUCGAUGGAGAGUCCUUUAACUACACUAGCCUUUCAAACGAAUCUGUUACACUCAAGGGUUCUGUUGCUGUUGCCAAACCUGACAAUAACUCCUUUGUAAUGGUUUUUCCAUCGGGGAUAUCAGUCACAGCAAAAGCUGCUUCGGGAGCACUUUCAAUAGUACUUGCUGCACCAAAGAGCUUCAAAAAUCAAACAAAGGGCCUGUUAGGAAGAUGGAAUGAUGAUCCUGAAGACGACUUUUUGACGCCCAAUGGAACCAUCUUGCCUCCGGACGCGAACAGCAAGGACAUUCAUUACAAUUUUGGUCUUCUUUGUGAGUAAAGUUUUCUUUCCUAUAAGUUCUAAUUGAUUUCAUAAUGCAAUUAUGUUAAGUUGUCUAAGGGGCAGAGAUGAUACAUUAGUGAGAGCACUAACCUCCCACCCUAGUGACCUUGGUUCGACGCCCGAGCGUCACAUAUUGGUUGAGUUUGCUUUCGGUUUUCGUCCUUGCGCCAACAGUUUAUCUUCAAGUCUUCCAACUUUCCUCCUUCCGCAAAACCAAAAUUCUAACAUUAGUGGAUAAGAUGAGCCACCUCGUGGAAUUUUCAUCACUAAAUUUCCCCUCAUCUAUUAUUUUUAUAAGUUUUAGCUGUAAAAUGAUUAUUGUAUUUGACGUUAGCAUUGUUUUUUUGAUUAAAAAACUUAUGCCUUAACUACUCGCUUACACCUUUUUAAGUAAGUUCUAUUUACCUAUGUGAUUCAAAUUUUUUGAAAGUAUGCGCUUUGCUGCUCAGGGUCAGUGCCCUUUUAGCGAAGCAAAGGCCCUGUCAGCGAAGCAAAGGCAAGUUCAAUAUUUUGAAAAAUAAAUUUUUAGCGCUUCUCAUCGAAGCUAACGUACUUCCAAUCGACUGCCUAGGAUUACAGAUUUAAACUGCCAUAGUUAUGCAGCUAUAAGACACCCCCGGCUAAAAGACUCACCUCAACUUGAAAAAGGGCAGUCUUUGAUUACUCACGGAACUAGACUUAAUAAUGUUCGUUAUGCCCUAGCCCUCGAGGAGUUUAAGGUUUAGGUAAUCCGCCUAAUCCUUUUUGUAAUCCUUAGAUUGACAAGGAAUCAUUUGGCCACACUGUAGCUUUUCCCCAUUUUUCUCAUUAAUAGGGCAGGUAGACAACAGGUCCACACUCUUCACAUACGAACCAGGAGAAAGUUUGAAAACUUUCGAAAAUGCAUCUUUUGUUCCUAUGUUUCUGGAAGACCUCUCCUUCCCAAAUGAAACGUUACGCAAACAAGCGGAAGAAGCUUGCCAAGGGGAUCUCAACUGCUUAUUUGAUUCCGCCUCUACUAAGGAUGUUUUAAUGGGCGCAAACACAAAAGCACUGUCGUCCACACUGGAGGAAGAGUCGACUUCUCUUAGUAAGUUACCUCAUUUACAAUACACGAAAGGUCGUUGGAAGUCGAGUUUCUUUUCCCUCGAUUCAAGAUUUUUAGUGCAGUACCUUGUUUGAAGAUCAACACUAGGCUUUUUGACGAUUUGGUAGCUGCUAAAACGCACUAAAAGCACCGGUAUUCAACUUUCAGUUAUUACCAUUCGUGUCUAAAAAGCAUCAGCGUCUUCAAGUUUCAUUUAUAUUCUGCUCACAAUAGUAGUGUUUAUGAAACGGACGUUGGACCAUUCGAAAAAAUUUAUGACUAGGGACCUAAGCUGCACGUGCUUGGAUUGGUAUAUCUAUGGGCGCGUAAGCUAUAACAUAUAUUUCAUUAAUGCCUUUUGGAAGAUGGCCUUCAUUAAAUUCUGCUUAUCUGGUUUUUGACAACCACUUUAAAUCUUAAAGGGAUAAAAAAACAGUGCACGUCUACUUCAGACAUCAUAAAACGUUAACAUCCACACCUACGUGUGAGAUGGCCCAUUGCGCUAAGUCCAUUUAUAUCAAUAAACGUCAAAAAACUGUCUUUGUUGUUUCUUACGCUAAAAAAGACUUCCGCUGACACCCGACGAACAAACAAGAAAUUUUUCGAUCCUGGACUGAGCGUUGAGUGUAAUAAAGCUUUUUAAAACUAAUGAAAAUAAAAUGAGAUUUUCAAUAUGACAGUUUCGUACAUGUAAGAGUACCGAUACCAUCUAUUAUUUUUGUCAGAAAACUAUCCACCCCGGUUUGUCACACAGCUCUCCCAAGUUAAUGUCACUGUGAAUCAGAGUAUUAGUGUGACUGUGGUUGCAGAAGACCCAAACAACGACACCUUGAUAUUCUCUGUCUUCGGCGUUCUACCUCGUACAGCUGUUCUACGGAAUAAUUCCAACUCUGUGACAGUCACGUGGAACGGAACUAACGAACAGGUAUUCUUUCAGUGAAUUCUGUAUUGCAUUAUUUGAAAUGCAUUUAGAUGCACAGUUAUUUUUCUGGGCAUUUGAUAAAUCGUAUCAUCUUAUAGUUAUUCAUACUUGCAAUUAAUCACUGUCAUGAUUACAGGCCGAGUUGGCCUCCACUCGGUAUUAUUACCAAUGUUUGUUGUUUGUUAGUUUUCAUUUACUUAAUUUCAUUUUUUCAAUAUUAACAUUAUUUUCGAUGCAGCAUUACUUACAGUACUUAAAUACUAAGUUACUCAGAGCACUAACAUUACUUGAAACACUAAAAUAACAUAUUAACAUUACUAAUAGUGUACAUGAAAAAAUUAUGCGCUUCUGAUGGGCUGAAAACGAAGGCAUUCUCACUUAACACGAGUGUAAUUGUAACACGAGUGCAAAGUUGUAACACGAAUGCAAAUGACAUAUAGUACGCGCACGCUUUCAAAUUUCUUCCGUCUUGACUUUCUGCGAUGCUUUUUAGUGUACAUUAUUAACAAGUACUAACAUGAACCUCUUGCAAUUUGGUGAAAUAAGCACUUGUAGGUUUUCAAAUUUCAAUUGCCCUACGGGCUCGUACAAUUUUGUUGUCUUAAUUACACCAAAUUACAAGAUAGAUUACGUUAUUACCUAUACAACACUUAGGUAUUCAACUACAUGUAAUACCUUCGUCAGCCACUGUGUGGCUGCUUCUCUGUCUUUCCUAUGUGAAGAGAAGGACGUAUUACCCACUAAGGCUUUCCUGUUUGCAGAUUGAAUUAGAAUUCGUGGUAACAGACGAUCAGGGCGCAACAGCAUUCUUGAAGCCAAUUAUUAAUCUCUGUGCUUGUCAUAACAAUGGCGUUUGCCUUCAUUCAGCCAGCAACAAUAACUCAACGCAUGAUAGCAACAAGAUGAAUUUACUUGAGUGUAGUUGUUUAAAUGGAUAUACAGGAACGUUCUGCGAGAGUGACCUCGACGCAUGUGAAGCAAAUCUCAACCCAUGCUACCCCGGAGUAAAGUGCAUCGACCUUCCCCCUCCAGAAAAUAUAUCUGGCUAUAAAUGUGGACCUUGCCCCAGUGGAUUCACUGGAGAUGGAUCCAAAUGUCGAGGUAUCCAUUUCAAACUGGAUUGCUGGCAUAGCUCAAAACAUAUGUAUUUGCGAAGAGGCAAACGUAUUCCUGAUCCAAUUUCACUGUAGUCCUUAAAUCAGUCAAAGAGCCUUAAAAGAACAAGUAAUUUUUUAGGGUUACAACAUAUAUACAACUAUUUUGAUAUUACCUUAAAAUGGGGCUGCGAUUUUGCGGAAGAAAUCAUGAACAUUAUGUCGGGUACUUAGUUGACUUAGACUCUGUGAUUUUCUGGUAUUGCUACAAUUAUGGGUUCAAACAUUAGCGGCACCCACAUGGCAGUUCCAUCGACCUGAUCCCAGUACGACUCUUUUUUUCAAGAAAACUGAGUCCAAUUGAUAAAUAAAUACCUCAGGCUCAUUCAAUAUGGAUGCUCAAGUUGUGUAGCCGCCGAAGCCUCUGAGUAUUCUUUAGAAGAAGACGAAAGUUCUGAAGUUGAAGUAAUUUAUUCUCCUAACAGUACACAAGUUAUGAAAAUACCAUCAUAAUUAUUCCUUUUCUUCAGACUUUGACGAAUGUACACGUGGGUCGAACGGCGGAUGUAGUCAAGUCUGUAUCAACACACCAGGCUCGUUCACAUGCGACUGUAGAAAAGGAUACUUGCUCAACAUUGACCAGCAAAAUUGUGAUGGUAAAGUAUCAAAUUCCCAUGUUUUCUCUUUCAUUGCAUCUCUGAGUAAGCUCUAAUGCGUGCUUUACAAUAGAACAGAGCACAGUCAAGCCUUCUCUAUUUGUUAAUUCAAUUUUUCUUUAAUAAGACGUCAAUGAAUGCGUUCCUGUCAGCGACUGUAUGCACAAGUGUGAAAAUACAAAUGGCGGAUACCGAUGUAGCUGUGAUGAUUUCUUCAAAGUGGACCCUUCAAAUCCCAAAAACUGUAUACGUAAGUGAUUUUUAAAUUGCUUUACUCGCACUUGGUGUUAAAUUAUUACAUGGAGUGGACAGUAUAUGAUUAUAAUUUUCUGACCGUAGUCUACAUUUCCUUGAAAAAAUCCAUACCUAGAAACUUAGGUUACUGUGAUGUACACAGCGAUUCUUUUAAGAUGUAAAAUCCAUUUUAUCUAUCACCUGAUAAAUACUGUUAGGAAGAGUAAGUAUUUUACUUUAAGUUUCUGUUUGGUAAAGUUUUGAUCAGUUUCUCCGAUAGUUUUAUAAUUAUUAAGAACAAGUCUCUGUAAGAAUCAAACAUCUUGGGAAAUGAAAAUUUUCAACCUCCCUUCAAAUUUUUCAUGCAGUUAGACGCUCAGGGGAAUGCACAAAAAUGCUCUUUUUGAAGGUUGCAGGUUGGUUGUUGUAAAUUGAUCAACCUUCAUGGAGGACAACUCGACGUAACUACAAAUAUAUACCUCAAAUCGUGUGCAUAUCAUCCAGAUUCCGAGUGCUGCACCUUCUUUCAUGGGAAUUUGAGCAACCCGAAGUCCUCUGAAGAUAUACUGUUAUACUUGUAUGUCAUUUGAAACAUGUUGAAGUCGACUGAUCUACAUGAAAUUAUCCUCACACCGGUCAUUUGUCAUAAACAUGUACGUUAUCACGAUGGUGUGACGUUGUAUUUCUCCGAGAAGUUUCCAUCGGGUCGCUCCAAAGAAGACAACAAAAUGGGUAUUUUUUAUAUAUGUCAGCAGAUUUCUGCUUUCUGAAGUAAAAAAAAAAAAAAAAAAAAAAAAAAAAAAAAGAGGAAAACUUCGAUUGAACGCUCGUAAACACGGAGAAUCUGAGUGUAUAAAUCGUAACUUGUCAGCGGCAGCACUACGUUUAAAACUCAAUUGCAACAACAGCAAUUUGAACGACAAAGGCAUCUCCUUACAAAGAGCAGAUUCUGGCAGUUAUCAUUUCCUUGUGAUAGGAACUAAGAUAUCCCGAAUCAUGUGAAAAUUUGCAUAAGAUAUGAUGAGGAGAGACUUAUCACCGCCGCAGUGCAAUCGAGUCAGUCAAUGUUUCCUUCCAUGUCUUGAUAAAGAAAAAAUCAUAACAAAGUUCGAAAUAAAAGAUUUAAUGAAAUCAUAAUGUCAUAAUUCUACCGUUCAAACAACUUAUUAGUAACAUGUAAAACGCAACUUGUCACUUGAACGAAAAUCCCCGUGGUUAAUAUGUAAUCUGGAUUGCUUCAUGUCCUUCAGGAAAAAGAACAGCGAUUUCAUUACCAUUAUUUCCCAUACUUAUCUCCCGGAUAUCUUUUACAAGCUUAAAGAAAGAUGAAUAUAACGCAAUCUCCCAGUGAUUUACACGAGAGCAAGUCAAAGGUCUCUUUAAUUUUCCCCUGAGGUGGCCGGCUCACCAGAGAGAAAAAGGAGAUCGUUCGGUCCAACAACGUUAGUCUGUAGAGAUUAUCAAGCUAAUAACUGAGAUGAUUGUGCCCUUUGGUUCAUCAGUGACGGCAUUAAUUAUUUCAAAUCUGUAUUUCUCGGUCCAAGCGACACCAAUAAUAGUUCCUUUUUAAUUUUGUUAGCACUUUCUUAAGCAUUUUAUUGUCAAGGGAAAUAAAUUUCUUGCCUCAAAGCCAAUAUAACGUUCGAGCACGUGAAAGACUCCUUGAAAACAACUAAAUUUUCGGAAAUUGAUUGUGAGGAAAUCCCUGUUCCGUACUGCAGGGAUACUGAGUAGUUCAAAAUCUCCACUUUGUGAUGACUUUCGCGCGAGUCGUAUAAAUUGCUAUUUUGGCGACUGGGUUUUACUUGUAGUAAUGCCGCAGACUAGUUGAGAAUUAUGAUCUCAGAUUCUCAGUGCUUACGAGCGUUCAAUCGAGGAUUUCUUCUUUUUUUUUUUUUUUUGGUUGUUUUCAUUUAGAAUGCGCGGAAAUCUGCUGAUAUAUCGAAAAAUGUCCAUUUCUCGUCUUCUUUUGGGCGACCGAUGGAAACUUCAUCCAGAAAUACAGCGUCACACCAUCGUGACAAAUGACCAGCAUGAGGAUAGUUUCGUGUAGAUCAGCCGACUUCAACAUGUUUAAAAUGACAUACAAGUAUAACAGUGUACCUUCAGAGGACUUCGAAUCGCUCAAAUUCCCAUGAAAGAAGGUGCAGCACUCGGAAUCUGGAUAAUAUGCACACGAUUUGAAGUAUACGUUUGUAUUUACGUCGAGUAGUCCCCCAUGCCUUCCAUUUUUCCAUGUUCCAUUUUUCUCAAACAUUUGUUGUUGAAAACAUUAAAUGUAAACAUCGCCAAAUCGAUCAAUUUUUUUUUAAAGAUGACAGCUAGAGGCGAGAUUUAUCUUCGGAUUAUUGCUCAUAAGAUAACAUUCUUUCAAAGCCUCGCACGUUUCAUUUGUCUAAAAAGUUUGUUGUUGAGAACAUUAGGUGUAAACAUCGCCAAAUUAUGCAAUAUCUGAUUUUGAGCUUUUUUCGCGAAUUGCCCUUAUAAAAAGUAGAGGUGAGCCCACAGAGAUUUUUACAUAUUUAAAAACUAGAAUAUUAUAACCAGCUAGGUGGUUAGUUUCAGUUCCAGGAUCGGUGUGCUUUUGGAGAAAUUCAGAGAAACGAUUUCUCUGUUUUACCCGACAACAAAAAUGACCGAAACUGUACCAAGAUAAAUAAUCUAUUGAUGUGUUCACAUUCACUCCCAGGGAAAAUUGAAUACAUCAAUGUAAAGACGAAUGAUGUUACUACGUAUGGUAGAAGUGCUGAUUUGUAAUGUUGUAUUUAGCUUGAGAUAGAGAAAUAAACAUUUCACUCUUUUUUUGUGACGUUUUUGUAUGAAAAUGAGGCCCCAGGCCUCGAACAAGCAGCCGUUGUUACCAUGGCAACAAGAGUGCUGAGACCUUUAGAAAGGGCAUUUUUGUGCAUCCCCCCUGGGUGCCUAACUGCAUGCAGAAUUUGAAGGGGGAUUGAAAAUUUUCAUUUCCCAAGAUGUUUGACUCCUUCAGAGACUUGUUCCUAAGAUGCGUGACCAUUUUAAGCAAUGUCAGAAAUCGCUGUAAGUAUUUUUCUCAUAAUGUGUUGCCGGGUACAAGUCGUUUGAUCCUGUAAACGCUUUUUUUGGUAAGCAACAUGAAAUAUAUGAAAAAAGAUAAUAUUUAUUAUAAGCCUUUUCAUUUCAGCCGAUUCUCCAUGUCAGAAAGAUAAACAUAACUGUCAGCACAUCUGUUAUCUUGGUUCAAACAAAAUUCAACAGUGUGCUUGUAGACGAGGCUAUCUUCUUGGAGGCGAUGGCGAUAGUUGUAAAGGUAGGUGUAAUUGUAUUAAUUUAAGAAACUAUACAGGGCCCGUUAGUAAACGUUUAGAGAGAGAACGAAUUCAAUUAGAGUUCAUUACACUUGGUUUUAGGUAAGAGAGAGGGAAUUCGUACGUAUCAUGUACUGUCAGCCGUGUUCGAGAUGGCACCAAAUGGUAUUUCCCGUUUAAAAACGUUACCCUUUAAAUUGAGAUUUACAAUUAUGUUGCAAGCUAUGCAUUUUUGAAAUAAAUAGCCAAAACCUGGUAAAUGAAGUAUAAAUAAACCAAAUAGAUAUCCGCCAGGAUUGGCACCUAGUAUAAGACGUAAGGCACUUUCAAAUAGUACUACUUGUUUUCUUCAGGGCUAAUACCAUAACGAGGGAUCCAACGGCUCUAAAAAAUAACAUUUAUGGCUAGCUUGAUAUAACCAGCAUAUAUGACAGAAAUGAUCACGGAACCCUAAGGGAGGAUUUUACGUUUUUAAUUUUCACUGUUUAUGUACCUAAAGAAGACCGAAGGCUGUGUUUGAUGUUUCUAGGAGAAAGAGAAGUAUUUCUGACAUCAAAUGAUCUACAUAGAAUGAAUUUAAAACUUUAAUCAGUGGAGACAGCGGCGAAAGAACUUGAAAAGUAGUGAUUACCAGCGCCUUUUCUAUGUUCUGAAAAACACUCUCACAGUCACACUCCUUUUUUUUGAACGGCAUUGUAUGUCAUUAACGCCGUGUUAUACUGGAGGAUUUCAAGUAAUUCUACUACUUAUAGUUCCGCCAUUUUUCCAUCAGAUAUUGAUGAAUGUGCGACAAAUGAGAAUAGAUGUAGCCAUAAAUGCAACAACACGGAAGGAAGCUACACAUGUUCCUGUGUGGACGGCUUUAGACUGGACGCUGAUAAUAUCACUUGCCUAGGUAAUGUAUUUUAUUUAUCAUUUUAUUUAACUAUUUGUGUAAAGGCAGAAUUGAGGCAUUACCACGGAGAAAAAAAAAGUGUUACCUCUCUCUUUCAAUCGUAACAUUAUAUCAGACUAAAAUGUUUUAAGCAACUUUUCUGCCGGUUUAAUUUAUCAUUCCAUGGAAGGAGAUUCUUUGAAAUAAGUCACCUUUCUCUAAAAUCAUGAAAUUUUGUAGGAAUGUACAAAAUUUUCUGGGUUCACACAUUCCUAAAUAUCACUUGUACGCUACUCACUUUCUCCUUGUGUAAAGCUGAAUAAGAGUAGCUCAACUGGAUCUUAAUCCGGUACGUAAUGCCGGACAGAUUAACCGAGAUACUGUGCCUAUAUAAAUUUACGUACUUUUCCAAUUGAGGCAAAGCAAUUGGCAUGAUGGCGUGUUCAUCGCAAUUGUCGAUUAUCGAUGUACCAAUAAGUGAGCGACGGAUAACUAGUAGGAGACUACUUCUCCCACUCAUAGCCCAAAUGAUAGAAACGGGAAAUCAAGGAAAUGUAAUCACUACGAGCUUACUGAGAACAACAACAACUUAAAUGGCAAUGAUGAUUGGAAAAGUAAAAAAAAUACUGAAUGCCCUGAACAGCUUACUCCAGCCAACAAAUCAAACAUUUCUAAAAAAUGAAAAAAAUAAUAAAAAAAUGCUAAUCGUGCGUAGAGAUGACUUUAAAUAUGUAUAGGGCUCAUAAAAUAAAGAGGAUGGUAAGUUUUGAGCUCGGAAAAGAAAUAGAAAAAGAUGUUUUUCGUCUUGUCACCAGCUUCUGAGUUCCCAUGAGGAAUCGAACCUCAGAAUUUCGGAUUCGCCUCGGAGCGCGGAAUCCGAAGGUCUCCAUUCCUCAUGUAGCUAAGAAUUUUUUCUUUUUCCCACGCUCGUGACUAGGCGAAAAACAUUUUUCUUUAUAUAAGGUUACUUGGUUCUAGUUUACCGACUUUAGUUUGUCAUUUUAGAUAUAGAUGAGUGCUUGGAGUGGACCUUUCAAUGUCAGGACUCGUCACAGCGUUGCAAAAAUACUCAAGGUUCUUACAAAUGCGUCUGUGAAGAAGGACUUUAUUGGAUUAACAAUACUUGCAAAGGUGAAACCGCAUGUAUACAACCUAAUAAAACAGGAUAAUAUUAAUAUGCAAUGAGCUUAUACUUAAAAACCCUUGUUUAAUGAACACCAAAACUUUGCAAAAAUGGUUUUUUCUUACUAAUUUCUAAUUUCCCAAAGGAAAAUACUUCAAAUAAAUAAGGUUGUAACAGGAACGGACAUUGUAAUGCUGAAGUGUGUCAUAUCCCAUUAACACCAAAAAAACAUUUUUAGUUACAUCGGGUUUUAAAUCUAGAAAAAGAGAAGUUAAAUACUGAAUUCUUACAUAGGUUUUAAGCACUAACUUGCUCUUUCAAUGAGCUUAAUUCGAAGUCGAAGAUUGGUUUUUUAGCAGCUUCUAUGAAUAAGACAAUUUUAAAGCGUACGGCUUCAAAACAUGUUUAAGCUUUAGCGUACAUGCAUAUAAGUUGCCGAAAUUCUUUGGACAUCGCAAGAGAAGUUGAACCAAUGUGCUAAGAGCUUAUUUGGUAGCACUCACACUUAGAAACUUAUCAUUCGUUAAAAGGAUUUAAAAUUUAUCACCGUAUAUUUCUGGUAAUGAGCCUGAGGAUAUAUACUAAACGCAAAUCAUUUUAAAGGUCACCUCAAAACUUCGAAUGUCGACUCAAAUUCUCUUGCAAUGAUGUUACAGACUUUAUCCAUAACGUUUUCUUUGUUCGCUCUACUCAAGGUCUGGACAAGGAUGAAAAAGCACCUCCUCCACCGCCGGCACCGAAUCCAAGAAUUCCGUCCCUGAUUGAAAAACGUCAAGCGAUUAUUAUGACAAUUAAAGGACUCAACUUAUCUCAGGUAUUGCCUUUGACUUGAAUGUGAUACGAGUAGUUUAUGUUCAAAGUCAUAGUCAGGAAGGGGAUGUUAAUGGCCACGUGGAAACAUGAAUGUCCAUUCUAAUGAGUGAGCAAACCCUAAAAGUGAAAAAAUUGUUCAGAAAGAAGAAAAAAAUCGUGUCUUCUCGCGACCAUCAAAUAUUCUCUUCAUUACAUACACAGCGAGGACACUUCCAUUUGCUCUCGUACACGUUUAUUUUCGCGGUUAUGUGGUUCAUUUGUGAGAAGGGAAAAGGAUUGAAAAAUCAAUGAAGGCUAGAUUUUAAACUGCUAACGUUCCCAAGAAAAAGAAGAAAAAUCGUCGUGUUUGUGUGGGUGCACGAGAGUAGAAUUAAUUUAAAAGUUUCAAUAUGUUGAAUAGCCUUCAGGAAACUGGAUGAAUACUGAGAAUAUUUUACAAGCUAAGAAACCUCCAGUUUUUUGAAAACUGCAGAAAAAAAAUUUGUCUUUCUCCAAAGGACACGUCUUAUCGAAUUUACUUUAAUGAUUAUAACAUGCAGAAUAUCAUUUUUUUCAUAUAUUUAUCAACCUUGUUCUUUUACAAUUAUUUAGUGGAACCUGCCCGUAGAACAAGUCUUCAAAGGAGCAGUUGCAGAUUCUGUGACCACUUUCUGUGGGGAAAGCAGAGACUGUGUGAAAACAGCGCUUCGAAAAAGGUUACUAUUUCAUUGCUAACCCUGAUCAUAACAAAAUUUUUCCACUAAUUUCGUUUUGUACGUAAAUGAGAUUUUUAUGCUCCAAAAAUCAGUUACAUUUUGUUAUCUCAAGAAUUCGUUUCUGGCUGAAAUUGAUUAGGGCUAUUUUAUUGAUUUGGGAUAGCAACAGGGCUGGAUUGUUCAAAGCUGAGUGAAGAUAACUCAGGGGGAGUGUGAAAUCUGACGCCAGAUCCGAAAGCUUUAUAGGAAAAUUCAUCAUAAUUCUUUUUGAAUAUAAUUUGUUGCUUUAAUGCUCUAAAAAGAAUAGAGAAAAUUAUCUGAAAAAGCUUUUCAAGGGAGUCAAGAAAAACAAAUAAAAUCUUAACCUAGGUUGGUACUGAUCGUUCUUCGAACAACUGAGCCUAGAACUGGACGUAAAUUGCACAUUUAACAACAGAGUUCAGUUUUUUGUCAACAAAAUAAGAAGAAUUAUUUUAAUUAAUUCCCUUCAUGACCAUUCUUCUGUUUAGUUCAAUUGGUUUUCUAUCUCUCUCAAGCUAAAGAAAGAAUCGUAUGGUUUUGAUUUCAGGAGGGCACUAGACUACAUACUUUUCACGUCAGAUCAAGUUCACCUUCUUCCAGGUUAUCCAGAGCGAACCCUGUAUUUUAUGCAGAUUCGAGUUGCUAUCUACGUCCAGUUUCCACCUGGAGUGGCUGCUAAUUCUCCUUCUGUCCUGGAUAAAAACAUUUUGUUGAAAGUCUUUACUUCAUUCCGUGAAAAGUUGGAAAAGGCCCUGAAUGUGACUGUUGUUAACCUAAUGAUUGCGUUCCUCGACCCUUCCACUGAGAGCAGUUUCACAGAGACUCCAAAAGUUCAUCAUGAAGAAAUACCGAAAAGCUAUUUCAUUAUUGGUGGGGCAGCAGCUGGGGUUAUAUUGGUCGUCAUACUUUGUAUUUUGGGAUGUCGCAGGUGA